UUUUAUUGGUGUCUCUUAGAAGUUUAGAAUUGCUCUUAACGUGCGAAAUCUCUUUUCUUGCUAUAUACCCUUCCUUUUAUAUACAGAUGUAUAUGUGUGUAUAUUUCGGUGCGUAAAGUUCAGUGUUGUCAUCCAGCCUCCAACCCGUUUGCUUGUUUGUAGUUGAGGGUUUGCAAAUCGUUAGCCGUUCGUGGUCGUCAUCGGUGGAUUCGCUGCGAACACACGCAACGCACAAUCCGGGUCAGAAUGUUGGUGCACGUUUUUGCACGGUCGAUUACAUAGUACGGUGUUUCGUUAGUUAGUUUAAUAAUAAAAAAAGGCUGUUAAAGUUAUCUCCAGAACCUUCCAUUCCAUUCCAAUACAAAGAAAAGAGGGUGUAUCAUCUUAAAUGGCACAAGUGACGAAAUGGAAAAGAUUUACAAUUAUCUUACCAUAUGAAGUGUACCCUCAUAAAAAUUCGAAGAAUUUGUAAAAAAAUUUAAAAUAAAGUACUUCUCAAGUACAGCACAUUACUUUUUUGUGCGCGUGUUGUGGUAACGCACCAUAGUGCAAACCGAAAAUUCGAUUGGAGGUCCUUAGCAUUUUCGCAUGGGUUUAUAGGGUACAUUUUGCGCCUUUGUAUGUGAAUGUAGCCAAAUCCUCGUCCACGCAUGACGAAUAGCUGAUUCGUGCGCACGGUGUGCCCGAUUGGAGCUAUGCUAUGCACUCGAAGCCUGCAUUUAGGGUGCGCUGUUGUAUACAUGGCAUUCUGAUGGCAUGGUGUACUUACAGAGAAGGCGGCUGCCACCAGCAAACAGCUAGCCGGGCCAACAAGCCUCAAAUCAGUCUUCGUCGCACUUUUGAAAACAACGGUCGCACUCUGGUGGAUGGAACGCACAUAUUGUUUUGUUGUUUGUUUAAUUUGCCAGCUGGUAGGUGUUUGCCACAAUCGGGUUAGGCUACUGUGUGUGUGUGUGAAUAAAUGUGUGGGUGGUGAAAGGUUCUCGGAAUUUUCAUGGUUUUCUGGCUUUGUACGGCACCAGCGAGGUGCUGUUGGAAAUCUUUGCUGAGUGCUUGCUGAAGGCAAUAAAGGGUGGGUGAUUUCGAUCGCAACGUUGUAGUGUACAUACGUAUACAUCUCGUCAUUCAUACAUAAGUUUGUAUGUGCACGUGCGCGUAUAAAUACAAAAUAUGACUAUAUAACGGUUUACUUUUUGAAAUUCCAAUAAGCAGUUGUCAUAUUUGCAAUCAGAAAUCAAAUGAUUUAAGAGUUGUGUUAAGGAAAGUGAAAACUAAAUUAAGUUGCCGCACAAAUAUUCAGGUGAAAUGAUGUCCACUGGAAUACCGUUCAACACAUAAAUAGAGAAUAAAGUUCAUUUUGACUAUCCACACAGAAAGCCAUUGAUUAGAAAACUUGGAAAAACUCACUUAAUUUCACUAAAGUCCAUGAAACUAAAUGCAAACGUCACUGAAAUGUUAUGAAUGGGAGUGAAUAAAGCAUAAAAGAGUACGAGUACAAUGGUCAAUUUCACUACCAAAAAAGGAUAUUCUUGUUGGGAGAGUUUCUCCUUUGUUCAACGUUGUAAGCUUUUGUUCCAUUCAAGAAAUUGAAGAAAGCAAGCAUUGAGCGAAUGGCGUCAAAUGAAAAACUCAACCGACAAAACGAAACUAGUGAUGUAUCCGUGAUGCAAGUGAAGGGUGUGUAAUGGCAGAGGAGGGGCGUCUUAUGUCCAGAGGAAGGAGCCAAACAAAGCACACGUAUUGAACUCAAGAAUCUGGACGUCGUACAUGCACGAAGCAGCGUGAAAAAGAAGAAGAAGAAAAUAUUGCUAAAUAUAUAUAUAAUUAUAUAAAGAUCGACACAGCGAUAUGUAGUUCAAAAUACGAAAUUAUCAAAAGAUGGUAAUAUAAAGGAAGAACAGAUUAACACUUAAACAGUCUACAUGUUCUUUGAAAAUUUGUACAAAAUCAGAAGUCAGUUUGAUCUUGGCUUGAAAUGUGUCUGAAAAGCUAAAAUCUGAUCAAAGUAAAUUAGUAAUACAUGUAUAUGAGUAAUAGAACAACAACGAUGAACUUCCCAACAACUCCCCCACAACAAGGUUUGAUUAAAGAUUAUCCAGAGUCACAGGCCCCCAACAUGAGGUAUCCAGCCAGAGCACCGUCGCCGCACCCACAAACAUAUUCCUCCGGCUAUGGUAACUUCGGUGACGCCCUACAAUUCCAUCACACAACACAAGCGAAUCACCAACAAAAUUACUCAACGGAGCAGUUACAGUAUCACCAACAGCAACAACAUAUGCACUAUAACAACACUUACAACAAUAGGCUAAUUAGUGAUGGCCCACCCGGCGCAAGCAAUAAUGUGUCUAGUGGACCAUUUUCGAGUAUUUACAGUAACCGUGCAAGAUACUUGCCCUAUCCGCAUAGUUUACCGCAGCAUUCAAUGCGUGGCAUGUAUACACCAGCUGGACAGCAGUUGAUACCAUCCAGCGUGUUGCAUUACCCGCCCCGCAGUGCUGCCUAUCAAUCAAACACCAUGUCACUGCAGCAACAGCGUUCUGUAUUGCCAGAACAAUAUUCUUCAGCGCCACAUACUCAACCACCACGUCAACCACAUUUGCGGCAGCAACAGCAACCGUCACCGAAAUCGCAACUGUUGCAACACCAAACCUCAUUCGGGCCCAAUGAAUCGCACAUGCGACAUUAUGCUGACACUCUCAAUACGACACAGCCAACGUACGGGCAAACAACGCCACAAACACUGCACUUGAUGAUGCAUUUAAACGGCAACAGGUCCCCACCUGCAACGCUAAUAUCUCCACCAUCUCCAGCUCACACUCAGACCGCACGAAGCGUGUCACGGCCUCCGCCAGAUGAUGGCAAUACUCAUUUACAAUUAAGACACCAGUUCCAGCAGCAAUCCCUCAGUUCGCCUUCUGCAACGCAGACAUUGUCUAACGAAGAAUUGCUUACCGGAAAUAUGCCAACAUCUCUACAGAGCGCGGAACCAUCUCAGCAAUUACCCGGGUUGCAAAUUCAAUCUGGUUCCAGCAAAUCUUCCGAAUUGUCAACAGUGAGUGAAGACGCGCAAGAUAGCUCACGGGAUUACCAUGAGGAAAAGCAUCUACAAACUAGUACAUCUCAAUCAGCCAUCCAUAAUAAUGGCUUGGCCAGCGCAAGUAGAAUCAUUUCACCGCAACAGACGACGAGUAGCGAAUGUUUGACCACUUCACCACCAUUAAUAAGCGCUACCGGCACGGAUAGUGGUAUCAGCAUCAGCAGUUGUAGUACUCGCGCCAGAAGCGAUAGCACACAAAGUACGCCAGUUUAUAAUGGUGAAUAUCCAAUGUCGGUGGGCUCAUCUUCUGGAGUGUCUUACCAAUGUGCGGAUAUAAAAGACUUUGAGGAAAAUGAAAUUUCAAAAUUCAAUCUGGAGAUCGUUGAAGGCGACAUUAAUAUGGGGGAUCCGGGAUCUGCCAUGGUAGUUGAGGAAAACUCGUCCAAUGCGAAAGAACAAACCAUAGACCGAAGGUUCCUCAAUGAUAGAAAUUUGUUUGAGGCAACGAAAGAAUCUGAUGACAAAACAGAGGGAUCAGAUAAUACGACCGCACUUUUGGAACCAACAAGAUCACCAGGAACUCAGAAUAAUAUAGAGCAAUCCUCAGAUACCCAUCGCACAGAAGAAUUCUUGAAUGAGUUAACUUUAAAUACACAAGAGGUAGUUCCCAGAAAUACAGAAAUGAAAGGCGAACACAAAGAAUGUACGGAAUUGCCUCUUAACCAACAGCAAACUCAUAAAGAGCAGCAGGAAAAUGUUCAAGUUGGAGGGAAAACCAGGGAGAGUAUUGCUCCCAGUAGUAAUAACAUGCGGACACCAUUGCCGAUAUCUCCACGGCCCCAUUUGGAACCUUCCGCGCAAGAGUUACCAUCUCCGCCUGUGCCACCAGCUCCACCUCAGAAUUCACCAGUCGACUAUUGUCGAACAAGCAGCAUCUCAAAUAUGAACGCAUUUGCCUAUGUGCCACUGCCAACGACGCAGCUAAAAGUCCCCACAUCAGCAGCUGCUGCUGCUGCGGCGGCAGCAGUGGCGGCGGCGGCGGCAGCAGCUGCUGCGUCAAUACGCUCGAACAAAAAUCGCAUUAUGGAAUGUGAUCUGAUACCAAGCAGAAAAUCGAAACGGAAAUCGAACCUCAUUCCUGGAAAGCGGCACGAGGAUAAAGAGAGUGUCGAGGUCAGCGAUAUGAAGGACAAUCGGGAUAUGACACCAUUGCCUGGAUUCCAACAAGCGUUUGGAUCCACUGAAAUCGGUCGCUUUUUCGAGACAUUUCUCUUGAGUCCACCGGAUUGCCACAGCUUCACUGACAACUACGAGCCUUUUGAUGCUGACGAAAAUUGGCAACAAGUUCACCAACAUCAGCAACAACAACAACAACAACAGCAACAGCAACACCAAUUACAAAUUAAGCCGGACCAGCAACCACUUGAACUUAAUCAAUUACAGCAACAUAAGCAACAACAGCAACAAUAUGCACAACAAGAGUAUGUUCAUCGAAGAUAUGCAGAUAACAACAUUUACCCAUCUCCACAUCAACGAUUGUAUCCCCAGUACCCACAUUCGACACUACAUCCCUCUCACCCUUACCACCGAGGGCAGUCAUACCCGUUCCACAUAAGUGCUAACAGUAACCACCGCGAUAUGCGGAUGUACGGCCGCAACGCUCUUAAUCCCUAUGCGAUGCCUUCCGAAUACGGUGCUGCUAGAUCGGGAAGUAGCUCCCCCUCGUCGCCUUAUCAAAUGCCUUUGAAUUUGCGAUCAGGUUAUGGCUCUGCAUACGAUGGGCGAUACAGUUAUGGGCGCAUAAACGGUAGUUACAGUGGGAUACGAUGUAACGGCUACUAAAUGUAAGUGUAUAGCUAAGAAUUAUAGCCAGUAUGUGUGAAAAAAUAAGAAGAAAACAUUGUUAAAUAUAUUUACAAAGAAAUUUUCAAAAAUAUUAAAAAUAGCGAAAACCCAGUGACACGUUAGCAUUUCUUGCAUAUGUACAUAGGAUCACUAGAAUGAUCGGGUGAAAAGUUAAUAUAAAUAUGUGCCUUUUCGGACAAAAUUCUGGAACGUCGUCUUCAGUUCAAAAUAACGGUAUGAAAACAAUUUGAUCAAAAUUAAAAAAGUUGAAUUGUACAUAUAUAUGUAUGUAUGUAGAGAGAGACUUUUACUCUAAAAUGCAAUUGAAAUUGCUUUUUAAUCUUUAAAUGAUACAAAUAUAUCAAAACAAAGCAAAUUAAAAUAGUACAACUGAGAAAGAAUACUCGUAAAAAAAAUAAAUGUUAAAAAGUUGCAAAAUUUACUUGAACGUCUAGAAAGUCUUUCAAAAAGCCUUGAGAAAACGAGAGCAGAGUUCACUGAUAUUUAUGUAUGUGUAUAAGUCUUUAAUAUUUUCUUCUUUUAAUUGUGACACUUUUGCUCUAAGAUGUUAAGCUAGUUUCACUUUUCUCGUGUAUUAAAUCAAUGACCCUUUUGCGGUUUACAAUAAUUAGUUGUUAUUGAUAAAAAGAAUUCAGAUUUAUUGAGUGACCAUGGAGACUUUUCCCUCUGCGCAGCACAUCAGUUUUGACAUCAACGUUGUUCUCAAUCAAUAACAUAUAAAACAAACCUUUCGCAAAAAAAUUCUGAAACUUAAAGUGAUUAGUGGAAUUAGUUGUAAU